GGCUGGUUUUAACCGGUAUCUGUCAAAAAGGAAGUUAAAAGUGGUCGAUAGGCAAAUAAUUUAUCAAAAAACUAGGAAAAUCGCAUCUUUUUGAAGGUUGCAACUUUCCUAUUAAUUAAAUUAGUCUCUGCCCUGAGAUAUGAAACUUCUGGAGAAAAGAAAUGAGGGCUCCAAAAUCAGAGAUAUACAUAAUGCUUUUUACCAUGAGUAUCUUGAGUCUCCCGAUGGUGGAGGGGAGGACUCCUAAAUGUGACCCUGAAGACAACAUGUAUUAUCAUUCCCAGGCCCUAACCUGUUUUCAGUGUGAGGAUUGCCUUCAAGGGGAUGAAGUCAUUCCUAUGGAGAAAUGGAACUUGAUAAACUGGAAUCCCGAGACUGGACCCACGGAAUGCAGACCUUGUCAGAAAUGUAGACCCGGCACUUUCAGUAAAGGUCGAUCCUAUGAAUGUACAGUUUGUAGGAACUGUACACUUCAUGGUCAAUACGAGACUGUCCCAUGUACACAUCUGAAGGAUACAGUGUGUGAUGGAGUCUUGCCCCCUGCAGAUAAUAUAGAAAAUCCUAAGUCUUAUUCUGGAGGGAGAGGAAGUGCUGAAAGUAAGGGUGAUGAAAACGGCAAUAGUCUGAGCUUCAUCAUUAUUGCUGGUAUGAUAUGUCUUACCAUUGCCAUAAUUGUGCCGGUUAUGACCAUUUAUCUGCGCAAUGGAAAACUUUUUAUAUGCAUGGAUAAAGUUAGACCUAGGGACAAUAAAGAAAGAGAAGAUUUACAGAACAGUCCAAGCCAGAGUUUAAAGGAGAUGAACAGUAGCAGUGACCAUACAGUUAUUGAAAUGCCACCCUGCAAGGAUGAAGAAAUAUCCCCACUUCUGGAAUCAUCGAAUUCACUGGACACGGAUUCAGAUGCUCUUAUUUCCACCAUAUCCCAGUGUGUACUCUUGAGGGAGUCUCAAGAAAGUUUAUGUGUGGAUGGAAGCGAUAAUCCAGUCCAUUGCGACCGUAGCCAAGAGGUGUCUAAUUUCCCUAUUCAGGAGACUCAAGAAUCCUGUAGUUUGAACAGUUUAGAUUUAAAAUCGGAGACAUUCCAUGAGUCAAUGGAAAGUCUGUCCAUUCAGGACGGCCCUCAGGUCGACAAUUCAGACCAAGAGGAGAGUCCAGCAUCUGAGUCAGAUGAAGGUAGCAUUCCCAGAGAAAGCUCUGCCAGAAAGAUCCUAUAUGAACGUCAGUGGUCAUAUCCACUUGAUGGACAGAGAAAGAGGGAUAGGGAUUACAUUGGGCAUACAGUUCUUGCUCCCAUUCCAUAUUCUGUGAAGGAAUCAAAUGCUGAUGUGACUGUAAUCUCUAAGGAGGCUAAAAAUUGCAGAGAAGAGUUGACAGAGAGAGACCUUUGGCAGGCUUCAAGGUACCUGGUACCAAAGAAACUUUACAUCAGUGUUGUAAGGGAACUAGGACUUCCUGAAAUAGAUAUACAGACAGUAGAUAUGGACAAUAAGAGAGAAUCUAUCGUAGAAAUAGCUUACCAGACCCUACUGCAGUUGAAAAAAAAGACAGGAUGCAUAAUGAAAUACACCUUCAAGAAUGCUAUUACAAAAUAUGAUCAAGAGGCUUGGAAUAACAUUGUACAAAGCUGUCAGUAAUGCAGACAGAGGUGUACAAUGAAGUUUUAUUAUAGAAAGGUGCCUUUUUGAAACUAAAAAGUAAAAUUUUCAGAAUUUUAUAUGAUGAUAAACUUCAUUUUGGUAAUAGAAACUUUAAUUCAUAUGUACAAAAAUUAGAGAUAAUUCGGUUAAAAUGUUUGUAUUUCAAUAUGAAAAGUCCUAUCAGAGAUCUAUACUUUCAAAUUUCUUAUGAAAUUUUCAGGUAGAGUUAUGUAAUGUUUUUUUUUAUUUUUUGCACCAUCUGUGAUAAACUUCAUUUGUCACACCUUUGUAUAAACUGCUUUAGUAUUUUAUAAAAUGAAAAAAUUAUAGUAGAGGUGCAAUACCAGAGUGGUAAUUUUGCAAUACCUGUAUCUCAUUGAUUUCCAGUUCUUUCAACAAGUUCCAUGACUAAAUGGUUGCAUUGCAUGUCUGCAAUUUUUUUUCUCCAUCUUGUAAAUCUACCUAUAAAGCACCAUUUCAUAUGUUUAGUUUUCAGUGGUAUUUAAGAAUCAUCUAAUAAGUUUCUGAAUAAUUUUGUAAUUCACUAAACUUUUUUUUUGGUACUCCUUU